CCUCCCGCUAGGAGCUGACGCUCUGGUGUGUAGGAGAUAAGACGGGUACACAAAAAACCACGAUACCAGGAAGGAGGUGAUAACUCCUGUGAAGGAAGUACAGAGUGCUAGAAAGGCACCUAGGGAAGAGGGGACCGGUCGAUCACUUCCACCCAGGAGAAAUCUGGAGGGCUUCCUUGACGAGGCGGUGCCAGAGCAGGGUCUUGAGGCCCGAAGGGAUUUAGGAGAGGAGAGUUGCAGAAGAGACCGUAUGUGGAAGGGCAGCAAAGCUAGAGAACAAAGGUGAAACAGGCAGAGCGCAGCCAAGGUCUCUGCCGUCCGCCGUCAUGCCGUUCCCCUUCGGGAAGUCACAUAAAUCACCAGCAGACAUCGUGAAGAACCUGAAGGAGAGCAUGGCUGUUCUGGAAAAACAAGACAUUUCCGACAAGAAAGCAGAAAAAGCUACAGAAGAAGUUUCCAAAAACCUGGUUGCCAUGAAGGAAAUCCUGUACGGCACAAACGAGAAGGAGCCACAGACGGAGGCAGUGGCACAGCUUGCUCAGGAGCUUUAUAACAGCGGCCUUCUCAGCACCCUGGUUGCCGACUUACCGCUCAUCGACUUUGAGGGCAAAAAAGACGUGGCUCAAAUUUUCAACAAUAUUCUCAGAAGACAAAUUGGUACAAGAACUCCUACAGUUGAAUACAUCUGCACCCAACAGAAUAUUUUGUUCAUGUUAUUGAAAGGGUAUGAGUCUCCAGAAAUAGCUCUAAAUUGUGGAAUCAUGUUAAGAGAAUGCAUCAGACAUGAACCGCUUGCAAAAAUCAUUUUGUGGUCAGAACAGUUUUAUGAUUUCUUCAGAUAUGUGGAAAUGUCAACAUUUGACAUAGCUUCAGAUGCAUUUGCCACGUUCAAGGAUUUACUUACGAGGCACAAAUUGCUCAGUGCAGAAUUUUUGGAGCAGCAUUAUGAUAGGUUCUUCAGUGAAUAUGAGAAGUUACUUCAUUCAGAAAAUUAUGUGACAAAAAGACAGUCACUCAAGCUUCUCGGUGAGCUGCUAUUAGAUAGACACAACUUCACAAUUAUGACAAAGUACAUCAGUAAACCUGAGAACCUCAAGUUAAUGAUGAACCUUCUACGAGACAAAAGCCGCAACAUCCAGUUUGAGGCCUUUCACGUUUUUAAGGUGUUUGUGGCCAACCCCAACAAGACACAGCCCAUCUUAGAUAUCCUCCUGAAGAACCAGGCCAAACUCAUCGAGUUCCUCAGCAAGUUUCAGAAUGACAGGACCGAGGAUGAACAGUUUAACGAUGAGAAGACCUAUUUAGUGAAACAGAUCAGGGAUUUGAAGAGACCAGCCCAGCAGGAAGCCUGAUCCCCGAUAAACACCUAAACGUUAAAUCCGCAUUCAGCGUUCGCUCGCUGUUCGCUCCUCGGCAUCAGGCGCUCUUACCGAUUCAUGAGGAACAUUACUGCUAGUCUGCUGUUAAGUGAACGGUUUUUCAUUUUACCUUUUUCGUUUUUUUAGUCCAAGUUGGAGAACGUAGCUGCUGCUUUCUUGCACUCUAGAGCACACGUGGACUUUUUCUUGAUUUUGUGUCAUUUCAGAAUUCAAAGACUCUGUUUGCUAUAGGAGUUCUGAAAACGGCUAGGUUCGCGGAGGCAAACAAAUAGAUGAUAGUGUGGUUUAGGGGAGAGGGCGCUGGCAGGAGGGGACUGAACCUCUGUGUUUGCGUUCACCUUUGUUAAAGACCCGAGCACACCUGGCCUUCUCGGUGAGAUUGUCCGCCGUCGUGCGAGGAAGAUCACGCAGAGCUUUGUGGGAAAUCAGAGGGGGGCUGGAUCCAAGAUGGGAGCUUUGGGGGGGAUAAAGUUGACACGCAUAUAAAUUGAUACUGAAACUUAGCAACUUCUCAAAAGUGUGAAGCUUCAUGAGGUCAUAAGGAAAAUGUAUAUAUGCUUUUCACAGCUUUCUAGAAUUUUUUGACAUUUGAUUUUCUUGAGACUUGACUUGUAAACUUGGAUAUGUUGAAGGGUAUUUGUUCGUUUUACUUUUUGAAGGUAUUUUAAAACGGUAGAGCUAGCGACGCCACCUCGCAUUUCGUUUCAACGAUGCCUACAGGUUUCUUUUGUAUAUAAUUCUUAGAAUGCUCAUUUCUUUUAAAUGAUUUAAUUUGUACAGCAGAGGGAUGUUAUUGUAUUAGUAUGUAACUAUUACCUAAUAUUGAGUUUUUGCAAAAAAAAAGAAAAAUGAAUGCUCAUAUGUAAUUGAAAUACUUCAGAUCACAUGAAAAUGCUGAUUUAACAUUUAAGUAUCGCAGCAUUAAAAGAAAAAAAAAGGAACCAAUGGGGUGCCAUUCACAGGCUGAGCUACAGCCCUGGAACUCAGCCCGCUCCUUUUGCCUGCGUGACAUUGGCCUGAUCCAUUUAUGGUCAGUCGUGACUUCGCCAGAUCAAUGCCUGGGACAGACUGUGCUGCAUCACUGCUGACUGUGUGUGUGUGGAGAGACCUCUGCAGAGCCCCUUGUCUUUCCUAGAUUAAGUAAUCCAGCACAAUAGUUGUAAAACUGAUUAAAAUUUUGACUCCUCUUAGAAGAAAGAAGCGUUCCUAGUCACAGGUGCCCUAUGGGGAAAUUUAUUUUUUUUAACGUCCCUUUCCUCACUGCUGCAAACCGUCAGUAUUUAUACAGUAACUGAUCUUGCACCACUUUCAUGUUACUGUGACCACGGCAGAGCAGCAUCUCCUAGAACAUACCUGUGUGAAGGCCUCAGGAUGGUAUCUGUUCAUCCAGCGAUACUAAGAUCACAACUAACAACUUACAGAUCAGAGUUUGCCUGUUCGAAUUCAGCAUGGCUGUAGCUGAUUAAGAAAUUGAUAUGAUUAUUCUUUGCUAGCCUCUCUUACUAAUUGAAUUACUUAUCAGCCAGUAAAAUGAGACUCCCAAGUGAUGUUUCGGCAGGUUUUAAAGCCUCCUUCGAGGAACUCCAGUUACAAAAAUAGCUCCAGAAAAUACGGCUGUGUUGUCCUACUUGAUUAAAAUGGCAGCCUGCAUUACAGCUGGUUUUCCUGAGGCUGUCUUCACAAGAAUCUGUGUAAAGUAAUUCCUGUUUUUCUGUUGGAAGUAGGGAAAGCAGUUUAAUCUCCGUGGGAAGAAAACACCUAAGACGUUUAGAAAGGCAGGCUUGGUCACAGUGCACGUCCUGGUUUUGGUGGCCUGAUGCUGUGUAUUUGGAUUCAGUGAACAUUAAUGACACCGAGUGGAAGAAAUGUUUCCUUGCCAAGCUAGGUUCUUAGAACUUUUAAACAACAGAAUAGCUUCCUCUCUGGCUCUAGAGCCAUUUAUAUGAAGACAGGGAGGGCGCAGUGUGUCAAAGAAAACAGUGACUAGGUACUGUGGCUUCGAACCGACAGUUAGGGCCUUUUGUUUUUAAACAAAACAAUGUGAAAACAUUCAGUGUUGAGAAGUUGCGUUUGAGGUUAAGAUCGUUGAAUAUAUUCAUAGUACCAAAACUGUUAUACUGGAAGUGGUUUCUUUUCCUGUUAGAAAGGUUUAAUUUUACAGAAGGCAGUUAUCUCAUGUGAUUUUUUAACCCUUAAAAAAAAAAGUGGAGAUGUAUUCAGUUGUAACAAUGCCAUUCGUUUCCCCUAAGGAAAAGUGAGUUUCUUUUCAGAAAAUCUGGCUGGCCCUGUAAUUUAAAUUAAAAUAAAAUUUUGGAGAAACAGCA